GCAACUGGACUUGAUGUAAAUGGAGGUCUGCAAGUGAUGCCGUUAUUGGUAUUUUCAGUUCUGCACUGCUUCCCAAUGCACUUUAUUUAAUGAGAGAUUAACAUCUAAUCCACUGUAACUUUCUGUUCUCUGGGUGGUUCCUCAAGUUGUGGUGACAAGUAAAUCGGAAGCUGGGUGUGUGCCACCUGAAAUUCACCAUUGCUACGGCUUUAAUUUGGACUGUAGUUUUUGCCCGAUCUUCUGACUCCCCUUGUGCAGGUGCCCAGGCUGGAUUUUGGACUGCUAAAGCGCGGAGCGGACUGGAUCAUGGGGAAUGCCGCCGGAAGCCUGGAUAUGUUCCAGGCCCGGGAUACAAGAGGACAAUCGUCUUCUGGGACUCCACCACAAAAACAGAAAGAAGGGACCCCUUCCAAACUACCAAGGCCAAGUUCAGUAGAACUGGAACAGAGAUUCAACGUAGUUUUGAAUGCCAUGAAUCUUCCCCCAGACAAGAUCCAGGUUCUUCGCCAAUAUGACCAAGACAAAAAGUGGGAACUAGUAUGUGAUCAGGAACGCUUUCAAGUGAAGAACCCACCAGCAGCCUAUAUCCAGAAACUGAGAAGCUACCUGGACACAGGAGGAAUCAGUAGAAAGUUCAAGAGACGGGUUCAGGAAUCCACUCAAGUACUGAGAGAACUUGAGAUCUCCUUGAGGACCAAUCAUAUUGGAUGGGUAGAGGAAUUUCUGAGCCCAGAGGUUGGAGGACUGGAUGCAUUGGUGGAUUAUCUGUCCUAUGCUCAGGGUUCUUUCCCCAUCGACAUGGAAUGUUCUGAUAAUGGAACCCCAGAGAAAUCAAAAUCGUUGCAGCGUUCCCUAGAGGACAUUAACAAGAGCAGUUCAUCUCCAUCACCCACAAAUACCCCAUCUCGGUCAAGAAAUCUUACAGCAAGAUACACCCUGCACAAUCGGGCGACAAUGAGAAAUUCCAAACACGCAAAUAUGAAAGAUGAUGUCCAUGUAUGCAUCAUGUGUCUGCGGGCCAUCAUGAACUACCAGUCAGGGUUCAGCAUGGUGAUGUCACAUGUAUCAUGUGUCAACCAAAUCACCCUCAGUCUCAGCAAUAAGAAUCCUCGCACUAAGGCCCUUGUCUUGGAGCUCCUAGCUGCUGUCUGUUUGGUCCGAGGAGGCCAUGAAUUAAUACUCUCAGCUUUCAACUAUUUCAUGGAGGUGUGUGGGGAAGGUGUUCGCUUCGCAAAACUCAUGGAAUAUUUCCGGACAGAAGAUUCAAACAUUGAUUUUAUGGUGGCAUGCAUGCAGUUUAUCAAUAUUGUUGUACAUUCAGUGAAGAACAUGAAUUUCCGAGUCUUCUUGCAGUAUGAGUUUACCCUCCUAGGACUAGAUGACUUUCUGGAGAUUCUCAAGAACACAGAGAGUGAGCGACUCCAGGUUCAGAUCCAGGCCUAUCUCGAUAACAUUUUUGACGUGAACAGUCUCCUGGAUGAUACAGACACUAAGAAUGAAAUGCUGGAACAUGUAGAGGACCUUCAAGAACACUUGACUCAUGUUACAGAGAAACUGCAGCAGACAGAAAAUGAAUAUGUGAGGAGAGUAGCUGAAUUGGAAAAACUACUAGAUCAAUGCCGCCGUGAGCUGAGUGCCGAAAAGGAGAAGCUUGUUGCUCAACCACCCCAGGUGACCCAGAAUACUGUGCAAAAUACAGAACCUGUGAAGCGUGGAGUUCUUUGGGUGGAACCAGCAGGGGAUACAUGUACAGAUUCUCCACCUGCUACUAGUUCUCCUCCGGUGUCCCCAUCUGCCAUCAGAAUCACACUGAUAUCGCCUUUGGUAACAAGUACAGGUGAUUUACCCAGCAGAGUUGAUUUUCCUAGAUCCACUACACCACUUCUACCUUCUUCUCUAACAGAAUCAGAGGUCCUCCCAAUUACUGCUCCCUCUCCAAUGCCUAGUUCAGGUUCACCGGUCAUUGCCCCCACUCCACUUCCAGAGUCUCAGGUCACACCCCCUCCAUCUAAAAUAGAUCAUACUCACACUUCUACUGCCCAGUCCAUUUCUGGAACACAUGCUGAAAGUCAAUCUCCUCCACCACCUCCACCUCUUCCAUCAUCAGCUGAACAACCCCCUCCCCCACCUCUACCUAUAUCAUUUGAUGUUCCACCUCCUCCACCUCUACCUGAAACAUCAGGAAUACCACCACCACCACCUCCUCCUCCUCCCCCAAUAGGGGCAUCAGGUAUUCCACCUCCUCCUCCUCCUCCCUCAAUGGGGUCAUCAGGUAUUCCACCUCCUCCUCCUCCUCCCUCUGGCUUUGGACCUGCCCCACCGCCACCUCCAGGAGGUCAACCAGCAUCCACAUUAAACACAGGCGUGAGUAUUAAGAAGCCAAUUCAAACCAAACUAAGGAUGCAAGUCCUCAACUGGGUGGCAUUGAAACCAACGCAGAUCAAUGGAACAGUUUUCACACAUCUGAAUGAUGAGAAGGUCUUGCAGGAACUUGAUAUGUGCGACUUUGAGGAAAACUUUAAAACAAAGGCCCAGGGUCCAAACCAGACCACAUUCUCUAUGAAGGUCAAGGCUGCUCAAAACCAGCCAAACAAGGUGUCCCUUAUUGAAACAAAUCGGGCUAAGAACCUGGCGAUCACUCUCAGGAAAGGAGGUCUGAGUCCAGAAGCUAUUACAACUGCAAUUCAAAAAUAUGACAUGCAAACUUUUAACAUGGAUUUCCUGGAGCUUCUGGCUCGAUUUCUGCCUACCGACUGGGAGAGGCAGCAGAUCGCGAAAUAUUGCCGUGAUCAGAAGCCCCUGGAUGACUUAACUGCAGAGGAUCGUUUCAUGGUCCAUCUUUGCUCCAUCCCCAGGCUGGCUGAGAGAGUUAACACCAUGACAUUCAUGGCCAACUUCCCUGAUAUGGCCUCACGCCUUAAACCACAAUUGGACUCUUUGAUUGCUGCCUCCAUGUCAAUUAAAUCCUCUGAAAAGCUAAAGGGGAUUUUAGAGCUGGUCCUGGCUUUUGGGAAUUACAUGAACAGCAGUAAGAGAGGUGCAGCAUAUGGAUUCCGUCUGCAAUCCCUUGAUGUGCUCCUGGAAACGAAGUCAACUGAUCGCAAACAGACCUUGCUGCAUUAUAUGAUACGCGUGAUCAAUGAAAAGUAUUCCCACUUAUCCGGCUUCUAUUCUGAUCUGCAUUUCAUGGACAAGGCUGCCACAGUCUCUCUGGAUGGUGUGUUGGCUGAUGUCAAAUCCCUGCAGACUGGGAUGGAGCAGGCACAGAAAGAAUUUACGAAGCAGGAUGACUGUCUCAUUCUAAAAGAUUUCAUCAAAUCUAACAUGGAUGUACUGAAGCAACUCUCUGCGGAUGCUAAGACUGCUCAGGAAGCCUAUGAUGCUGCUGUUGGAUACUUUGGGGAGAACAGCAAGACCACUCCUCCAUCAACCUUCUUCCCCAUCUUUGUCCGCUUCAUUAGAGCUUACAAGCAAGCUGCGCAGGACCUGGAAACAUGGAAGAAGCAGGAGUCCACAGCUCAAGAGGUGAAGCCAGAGUUAGCUGGGAAACAAGCACCCCAGUCCCCAGUAGUUAAAAGUCCCCGGCCGCAGGUUAAUCUAAUGGCUGAACUAAACAAAAAGCUGCAGACGAAGGAACCACGCGUUUAUGAGCCGAACUGGGCCAUCGAGGACAUUAUCACUGAUCUCAGGAACCAGCCCUACAGACGGACAGACAUGGGAAGGCGAAGUGGAAAGAAGCAGAACAGUGGGCAGCCAGUGAACACUCCUGAUAUACAAGUCUAGGAGACAACUCAAGCAUCAAGGAAAUUAACUGAUUGUUGACAUUAAGGGACAGGCUGAUAUUCCUGUCCUCCACUGGAACAAAGGGACUGGAAUGCACAACAUCACCACAAUAUAUGCAGUAAAUAUCUGCCAAAACAGAGUUGAGUGUUUUGUAAAGACAUAAGCUGUAUGAAUCAAUAAUAUAAAUAUUUCAGGCACAGCCCAGGAAAACAAUUACUUCCUUAUUCAACUGCUUACUCUUCUAAAACAAUAUAUCCAAAGCCUUGUAUAAAAUGUAUGUGUAUUCAACAGAGUGCAAGCUCUGCAAGCUAGUAAACUGUAUUGCCAGUAAUUGCACUGCUAAAUUGCACAGGCUAGCUGGGACCAAUAGUGAAGUGCCUGGAAGCCAAUUCCUUCUGCUUCAUUGGCCAUAAUUGAUCUAUGGAGCUUGAAAUGUGUACAUAUAGACAGACGUCAUGGGCUUAGGGAAUUAACCAAGCAGGUUGAGCUUACCACUGUAAUGUACAAAUGCAGACAAUGAAUCAAAGGGCAAAGAAGAAAAUAACUGUAAGUGGAUUUGACUCCUAGUAAUGUCUCGUGCCCAAGGUUAAUCAACAUGAACUUACUAUAUGAGAUCUGAAAGAAGACUCAAUUUAUAAACUUUUUUUUUAAAAGAAAACUUUUUGUAAAAUUUUGUAUUGAGCAAUAAAAUAUUCAUGGCAGAUGUG